AUAUAUAUACAACAACAACAUUUUAUAAUCGCUUAAAUUGAAUUAAUUUUAAAAGCGUAGUUAGAGUUUGCGAAAACAGUAUCGUCGAUUCAGAAAACGCUUCUCUCUGCAUUCUCUUUACCCUAAUCUCUUCACGCAGAUCUAUCUUCCCCAAUUUCACUUUGGGGAUUAUCUAGGUUUCACUCUAUUUGGAAAGUUGUAAGCAUGUUUGGUUCAACAAAUCCUUUCGGGCAGUCAUCAAGCCCGUUCGGCUCGUCUCAAUCCGUGUUCGGGCAGCAGAACAACACAAAUAACAAUCCUUUUGCACCUAAGCCAUUUGGGAGUCCAACUCCAUUUGGAUCGCAGCAAACAGGUAAUUCCGUGUUUGGUGGUACUUCCACCGGUGUAUUUGGCACAGCUCAGACAUCGUCUCCGUUUUCUUCCAAUACUUUCGGCGCUUCAUCUUCUCCAGCUUUUGGUACUUCAAUGCCGGCAUUUGGGGCAUCUUCAACUCCGGCUUUUGGUAAUUCUUCAUCGUCAUUUGGUGGAUCAUCAGUGUUUGGUCAGAAGCCUGCUUUUGGAGGUUUUGGCUCUACUCCUACUCAAACAAGUCCAUUUGGAAGUGCCACCCAACCAUCACAACCAGCAUUUGGAAGUAACACCCAACAGUCGCAACCAGCAUUUGGAAGCAGCAUAUUUGGUUCCUCAACACCAGCAUUUGGUUCGACAGGAACUCCUGCAUUUGGUGCUACGAGCACCCCUGCAUUUGGUGCUACGAGCACCCCUGCGUUUGGUGCACCCAGCACCCCUGCUUUUGGUGCACCCAGCACCCCAGCUUUUGGUGCACCCAGCACCCCAGCUUUUGGGGCAACCAGCACCCCUGCAUUUGGUUCAACUUCAACCUCAGCUUUUGGUAACACAGGAGGUGCAUUUGGCAUGUCAAAUACUACUGUGUUUGGUGGUGGGGGGGGAUUUGGGGCUUCAAGCAGUCCUGUAUUUGGUUCAUCAAGCACGCCUGCAUUUGGGGCCUCCAGCUCUCCUGCUUUUGGUGCUUCUAGUGCCCCAGGUUUUAGUUUUGGUUCCACCACUCCGGCUUUUGCUCAGUCUAGUUCUGCAUUUGGCACCAGCAGCCCAUUUGGGAGUACGACCUCUGCUUUUGUAGGUCAGAGUUCUGCAUUUGGAUCACAGACUCCAACUCAAGCAUUUGGAAGUACUGGUAUUGGGCAGUCAGGAUUUGGAGGUCAACGGGGUGGAAGUAGAAUAGCUAGUUACUCAGCUACAGUGGAAGCAGAUAGUGGCACCUCUGGACAGACUGCAAAGUUGGAGUCAAUAUCAGCCAUGCCUGUUUACAAAGAUAAAAGCCACGAGGAGCUAAGAUGGGAGGACUAUCAAUUGGGAGAUAAAGGUGGACCACAUGCCUCUGCUCCUCCGUCAACUGGUAUGCCAGGCUUUAAUUCGUCUACGUCACAGACAAAUGUAUUUGGCCAAUCCCCAGCCAAUCCUUUCUCUAGUAGCACAACACCUAAUUCUAACCCAUUUGGACAAAAGACAUUUGGAACUUCAGCUCCUGCCUUCAGUUCACCAGCAUUUCCUUCUUCAUCAUCAUCAGCAGCGGCACCCUCCAUUUUUGGCACACCCGCACCUGGUCUGUUUGGUGCCAACUCUUCGUCACAGCCAGUUGGGUCAUCUACAUCCCUGUUUGGUGGUCAAGGCACAUCUUCCCAAUUUAGUACAAACAUUUUUGGCAAUACCCAGCCGAGCCUAUUUAACACUUCAGCACCUACAAAUGCACAGUCUGGUUUUGGUCAGAAUACCUCCCAAUUUGGGCAAACUGGUGCUUUUAAUCAACCAAGCAUGUUCAAUCAACCUUCAUCUGGAAGCCUUUUCUCAAGCAGCCCAUCACUCACAUCUAAUGCUCCGACAGGUUUUGGACAAGCAGCGCCGUCUAUGUCAACACCUUUCCAAUCUACACCUUCUUUCCAAUCAACUGGUACUUUUUCCUUUAGCAACUAUGCCCAGACACAACCUGCUGGUGCAAGUAGCUUCGCUGGAACUCAAACUCAAAACAUGUUUGGUCAGAAUAAUGUUGGACUUCAGGCUAUUCCCCAGAGUUCUAUGGUUGCACAAGCAGCACCCAUUACAAACCCAUUUGGAACACUUCCUGCUUUGCCUCAGAUGUCAAUUGGUCGAGUUGGAACCACUCCUUCCGUUCAAUAUGGAAUCUCUAGCAUGCCUGCCCAAGACAAACCUGCUACUGUAAGAAUAUCCUCCUUAUUGACUUCUCGCCACCUCUCACAAAGAAGAGUCAAGUUUCCUAUAAGGAAAUAUAAGAACGAGGGAUCAAAGGUUCCAUUCUUUAGUGACGAUGAAGACACUCCAACCACACCAAAGGCUGAUGCCCUUUUCAUUCCUAGGGAAAAUCCAAGGGCGUUGAUCAUUUGUCCCAUGGAGCAGUGGCCUGGAAGGACUUCUGAGAAAGCAUCCUCUUUUAAGGAUAGAUACGCCUCCGUGAAUGAGAAUGGGAUAAGCUCAAGAGAAGCAGGUACCACACCCAAUGAUAGGACCAGGUCGGAGGAAAAAGAGAGGACUGGAGCUGAAAAUGGUGUUGUCAAGGAGCAAGUUCAGCAGCCUGUACCUACGAAGCAUGCAUCCAAUGGGAAUAACGAAGACCAUUCUCUGCAAAAGGCGGAUAUGUACAAGACACUCAGUGGGCACAGAGCUGGUGAGGCUGCCAUUGUGUAUGAACAUGGAGCUGAUGUUGAGGCACUAAUGCCAAAGCUGCGACGGUCUGAUUACUACACACUGCCUCGUAUUCAUGAACUGGCGGCCAAGGAAAGAGCUGAACCAGGAUUCUGCAGUCAUGUCAAGGACUUUGUCGUUGGAAGGCAAGGGUAUGGCACCAUCAGAUUUUUGGGUGUGACAGAUGUACGAGGGAUUGAUCUUGAGUCCAUUGUUCAGUUUAACAAUCGUGAGGUGAUCGUGUACAUGGAUGAUUCGAAGAAACCUCCUGUUGGACAAGGGCUGAAUAAGCCUGCUGAGGUAACACUCCUCAACAUAAAAUGUUUUGACAAAAAAACUGGGCAACAGUACACUGAAGGGCCGAGAAUUGGGAAAUAUGAAGAGAUGCUUAAGAGAAAGGCCGAGGACCAAGGUGCUGAGUUUGUAUCAUAUGAUCCCAGUAAAGGAGAAUGGAAGUUCAGGGUCAACCACUUCAGCGUUUACAAGCUGGUAGAUGAAGACAGUUGGAUACAAGCUGAUGUAUAAAGGGUUGACAUGUCCCAUAUAACAAUAUGGGAGAGGACAACAAUACAUUUCAUAGUUUUGGAACUAUAGUAUUGCUCGAACUGUAUGUUUUUUUUUUUUGUAAAUUGUUUCUCUAUUUUGUGGACAGAGCCAGGGCCAACCUUGUUGAUAUGUCCUUUUUGCUUUGGGAUAUAUUUUUAUAUAGAUUUUACAGUUUGGGAUGUUGAAACUAUUUUUAUUUCCAUUGUCUUUUAACUGGUGAAGUUUAGGGCCAGGGAUCAAAA